AUGGCAACUAAAAAGAUGAAUGUUUUGGUAUAUUCUGGUAACGGAAGUACUACCGCAUCUGUUCGCCACUGCCUAUACACUCUCCGCCGCCUACUAUCACCUUCUUAUGCCGUCAUUUCCGUAACAGGCGAUACCCUCAUCAAGGAACCUUGGUUUAGCACCUGCGCGCUUCUCGUCUUUCCUGGUGGUGCUGACCUGGGCUACUGUCGUACGCUCAAUGGCGAGGGUAAUCGAAGAAUUAGUCGAUGUGAGUUUGAAGUUGAUGACCCAAAGAUGGCUGUUGAGGGUGAGCGCGAAUUGGGAUUCUUUCCAGGGACGUGUAGGGGGCUGGCCUUUGCAGGGUUCGAGUAUAGAAGUGAGGCUGGGGCUAGGGCUGCGGAGAUCAAGAUAGAGAAAGAGGCUUUUGAGGGGGUCGAUGAGGGUGUGGCGGACACGUUCAAGAGUUAUUAUAAUGGCGGUGGUGUGUUUGUUGAUGCGGGGACGAUGAAGGGUAGGGGGGUACAGAUUUUGGCAAGUUAUACGGAGGAUUUGCAUGUUGAAUCUGGGGAAGGCAAAGCGGCGGUUGUGUAUAGGAAGGUUGGUGAGGGUCAUGCGGUCGUCACUGGACCGCAUCCAGAAUUCGCACCCCAGAACCUGAGCAAGAUUCCCGGCUUACCUUCUUAUGCUACGGUCAUCAGUGACAUCGCUGCCACAGACGCUACACGACUUGCCUUCAUGCGUUUGAUCCUCAGGAAACUGGGUUUGCUAGUCAACGAGCAGGAACAAGCGGUACCGUCCCUCUCCCGCCUGCAUCUCACUGCUCAUAACCUGGCAGACGUCUCCGAUCUUGUUGCUACCUGGAGUGAAAUCCUCACUGUGAUGGAUGGUGAUGAGUAUAUCAAGGGAGAGAACGACGUGUUUCGUAUCGAGAAGGAAGGAACUACCUGGAGUGUAAAGGAGUUAAAGAGAGCUGUCAGCGCCAUGUCGGAGAAGUUACCUACACUUGCUUCUGUGACGAAGAGCAAAGAAGCGGGUGUUGAGAAACAGAGCCAAGAAGAGGAGUCCAAGAAGAAGAAACCAGAAACAAAAGAGGAAGAAAUCCAAGAGUGCAUCGAGUACACCGCCAGUACCUCCCCCGACGAAAUCCUCUCUUACGAGAAGAUUGUCAAGGUCAUAGUACCCCACGAGAAAGAACUUCCAUCCGCCCAAGAAACGCCCUUUCAUCACGAGUCCUUCUAUGCCAACCUGCACCACCACCACACCAAACUCCGCAAUCCAGACGCCUCUUUUGGUCGCCACCUCAUCUACGGUGAAGUCGUAACAUCGACCAACACGCUCCUCGAAAAGAACCCAUCUCUCCUCCGCAACCUGCCCAACGGUUUCACAAUAACAGCAACCACGCAAAUCGCGGGGCGCGGUCGAGGCAAUAACGUCUGGAUCGCACCGCCCGGCGCUUUAAUGUUUAGCACCGUCCUGCACCACUCCUUUACACUGAGUCAGAGCGCGCCCGUGGUAUUUAUCCAGUAUCUGGCUGCAUUGGCUAUCGUGCAAGGGAUCAAGAACUACGCACCAGGCUACGAGAAGAUGCCCGUGAAGCUCAAAUGGCCGAACGACAUAUACGCACAGCUGCCCGGCUCCUCGGGCAACCCCAUGGUGAAGAUCGGUGGAAUCCUAGUAAACAGCAGUUACUCGGGUUCCACCUACGACGUCGUAACCGGAAUCGGUCUCAACCUGUCCAACGCCCUUCCCACCACAAGUCUCAAUCAACUCACAAAGGCUUGCGUACCUCCGCUCCGUGACUUCACUCCCGAAAAACUUCUCGCGUCCAUACUCGCGCAUUUCGAAACGCUGUACUCGACCUUUUGCCAGGAAGGGUUUUCCCGCGAUAUGGAGAGUUACUACUACGAAAAUUGGUUACACACAGAUCAGCUUGUUACCCUCGAGGACCAGCAAGGGGUGCAAAUGGGUACCAAAGCGAGGAUAAAAGGUAUAACUCGGGAUUGGGGAUUAUUGCUCGCGGAGGAGGUACGGGAGGUGGAUGGGAGAGGCACGGGCAAAAUCAUACAGAUACAGAGUGAUGGGAAUAGCUUUGAUUUCUUCAGGGGGUUGGUUAGGCGCAAGGUUUGA